AUGAAAAAAUAUGUAAAAUAACUAUUCGAUUUAUUAUUAUUAUUUAUUUAAAAUAUUAUUUCUAAAAAUGAUUUAAUGGAAUUUGUAAGACCAAUCCUUAAAUCUAGUGUGUUUUUAGGAUAAGAUGAUGUUUCAGAUGAAGAGUUUGAAGUUAUGAUGUAAAAUCCAGAAGAGUUUAGUCUAAGUUGGUUAGAUUAUAAAGUUAUGACAUUAGAUUUUGAAAAAAAAUGUAAGAAGAAUAGGCUUAAUAAGCUUAAUAGGCUUAGUAAGAAUUAUGAAAAUUAAUAUAAAAAAAUGUAUGAAUUUAAUAAAAAAAAAAUUAAAAAAUUAAAAAAAUGA